AUGGCUUCUGAGGAUGCAGAAGUUAAAGAAAGUCUCUUGAGCGAUAAUGCUGAAGAAAGAAAAAAAACUAUAGAAAGGCGACCAGAUAUUCAAGGCUUACGCGGACUUGCUAUAACAUAUGUGGUUAUUUACCACUUGUACCCAAAACUGUUUUCUAAUGGUUUCCUUGGCCUUGAUAUAUCUUUCGUUAUUUCUGGGUACUUGAUAACAAUGGUUCUGUGGAACCAGCAACCAAUAACCCUGGCAGUUUUUCUAAAUUUUUACAAGAAACGUAUAAAAAGAAUAUUUCCUGCAUAUUACACGAUGAUUUUACUAGUUCUCUUGUUUGCAUUCUUCUUUCUAACGAUAAGAGACUACUCCCUGUUAAAACGCGACACUAUUUGGGCUGCUCUAUUUGCAACCAACAUACACGAGAACCUACAAGGCCUGAACCACUCUGCUGAGAUAUCCAGCUACGAUUUUUUACUGCACACUUGGCCAUUAGCAGUUGAAAUACAAUUUUAUUUCCUUGCUCCAGCAUUUGUGCUUUUUUUCACAAUUCCGUACACUGGGAAGGCUUUAUGGAGCGUAACAUUUCUGGUUUCCAUUUACUGCAGCGUUGCGACUACUGGACCGUUUCAGCUUUAUUCACUCGCCAGCAGAAUGUGGCAGUUCAUAUGCGGUGGAAUCGCUUUUCAUUCCGGACUGAAGUGUACGUGGCUUCUUAUAGCAGCUUUAAUCACACUGUCACCGUUCAUUUUGAUGUUGUCGUUGGAAGAGGUUGUUCUCCGCCUUUUGAUAACAUCUGCCACAAUGGUAGUUGUUUCAUCAGAGAGUUCGCUUACUAAUGAAUACAUUCUUGGAAAUUCUUUCAUGCGUUUCAUUGGUGAUAUAUCCUAUUCCGUAUAUCUUUAUCACUGGCCGCUUAUACUGUUUGGAAGGUAUUUGGCAGAGGACAAUACGCUAAACUUUCGAGGCGAAAUUGUAGCUGUACAGUUCUUGGUUAUACUUGGAGUAGUUUCAUAUUGGUAUGUCGAAAAGAAAUUUAUCCAAUGGAAUUUCUCCUGCACUCUUUGGCUGCUUGCUGUUCUUGGCAGUUUAAUAUGUGUGGGAUUCGUAAUACCAAAAACUCGCGAAAGACAGGAUUUGCCGAUUACUUCAGAUAGUGCUUGGGACUUCAGAAAUGAAAAUGCGACAAGCUACGGUAGAAGAUUCUUUCGCUCAGCUAAUCGAGCAUUCACUGAUGCAAUUAAUGUAUGGAUUACUAAGCAAUAA